CGCUCUGCUAGCUAUGCAGUGUGUCCAUAGCGAACUUUUGUCUGACUGCCGUACAUUCUCUGACUCCAGAUUUCCUUGACUCCGCACUGAAGUGUAGAUGCUAGGUACAAUUUGUCGAAAGGUCAUCAGGAAAAACUGUGGAUGGGCCUUGGUUUCUGCUAUUUGCUGACAUAUGCCAUGAUGAAGAGAUUAGCAGCAAUGCUGGCAGGAGCAUAAGAACUGUAUGGUUACAAUAAUUUAGUUCAGUCACAGGACUAGCAGGGGCAGAACUUCAAGGCAUGUGCUCGGGCAGUAUGGGUGAGUGGCAAAUACAUGGUAGAUUCAGUUUAAUUUACAGCACAAAUGUGAGGUUAUCCAAUCUGGUUCCAAAAACAGAAAGAAGGACUGUUACCUGAAAGGUGAAAGAUUGUGAAAAAGGAAGGUGCAAUGAGACCUGGUUGUCCUUGUACAACUGUCACCGAAAGCAAGUAUACAGCUUCAGCAAGCAGAUAGGAAAACAAAUGGUUUAUUGGCCUUCAUUAUAAAAGGAUUUGAUCAUAGGAGGAAAUAUAUCUUGCUGCAGCAUUGGGGUACCUGAUCUUGAGAUUUAUAUGCAGUUUUUACUUGCUCUUGCCAUGGAGGAAGCAUGAGGAAGGUUCAUUAGACUGGUUCUUGGAAUGGGAGGACUGACGUAUGAGGAGAGAUUAGGUGGGUUAAGCUGAUAUACACUGAAGUACAAAAGACUGAGAGGAAAUCUCAUGGAAAAAUUCUAACAGGGUAAAUACAGAAGUAUGUUCUUGAUUGUUGGAGAGUGCAUAACUAGGGAUCACAACCUCCUGAUUCUGAGUAUGCUACUAAGAACUAAGAUGAGGAGAAAUUUCUUCAUCCAGAUAGUGAACCCAUGGGAUUCUUUACCACAGAAGACAGUGGUGGCCAAGUCAUUAAAUAUAUUCAUGGAGUGAGAUACAUUUCUGGAUGGCGAUUGGGAUAUGGGGUGAAGGCGGGAACAACAUAUUGAACUAGAUGAUCAACCAUGCUGUUGUUGAAGGUUGGAGCAGGGCCGAAUGGCCUACCCUUGAUCCUAUUGUGGGAUCAAUGUAGGAAGUCUAUUAUCCCACAAGACACGUUUACAGUAAGCCUUGCAGAGGAGUUCUCCCAGCCACAGUUGAGACCGCUCGGUGACGCGGGGAUUUGGCGAGGAGACGGCGGGACACCCUCUUCGGCGAGCGGGCGGAAGAUCGGCAGAACUGCCAUCGUCGAGAGACGCCGCCAGUCUUUCGGACCAGUUGCAACUCGAUGAGGGUCAAUUUGCUUUCCACCGAUUAUUAGACUAUAAAUGAUUAUGGCGGUUUACACCCGGUGUGUGAGAGAGAGGUGGCAGCUCUCUAUUUGACCGGACUUCAAGGUACCACGAACGUUGGCGCGGUUCCUCUUUCAAAUUAAUGGCGCCAGGAUUCCGCCACCAACCGUCAGACAAUUCGAGCAGGAAAGAGGCCGGAUCUCGGUGCAGGCCUCAGCCCCUCCUUUUUCCCGGACCCGGGCCGCACCUCCUUCAUUCACCGUAGCUUAUCUCAGCCUUCGGUCGAUCAAAGAGCAGUAGCAGCCUGCGGCCCACUGCUCUGUCGGUUCGGCUGAUUUCAAGCACGGACGCGUGGGCUUCCUUCUCCGGACUGAACGAUGCACCAUUCAAAGAAGCUGAUAAACUCUGUGGAACAUUGUGUGGAUGAUGCUUUGGAAGGACUCGUGGCCUGGAAUGUAGGAAUGCAGCUGGUGCAAGGACAUCGUAUCGUUAUCAGGUCGGACCUGAAGAACAUCAAAGGCAAAGUGGCCUUGCUGUCUGGAGGAGGUUCUGGGCAUGAGCCAGCUCAUGCAGGCUAUGUCGGAGCAGGAAUGUUGACUGCUGCUAUUGCUGGAGAUGUCUUCACUUCUCCCCCAACAGGAAGUAUUUCAGCAGCGAUCCGAACUGUGGUCAGAGCAGGAGCAGCUGGUGUACUGCUGAUUGUCAAGAACUACACAGGAGAUCGGCUAAACUUUGGUUUAGCCCUAGAAGAGAUAAAAAUGGAGGGAAUUCCUGCGGAGAUGGUUAUUGUGGCUGAUGAUUGUGCCUUCACCAGGCAGAAGAAAGCUGGGAGGAGGGGUCUGUGUGGCACAGUACUUAUACAUAAAAUAGCUGGGGCCAUGUCUGAAAUGGGGAAGUCAUUGAAUGAAAUUUUAGAGAAACUGAACACCACUUUAAGUAAAUUAGGUACAAUGGGAAUCUGUUUGUCACCUUGUAGUGUUCCUGGAUCUGGACCAACCUUCUAUUUGGAUGCAGAUGAAUUGGAACUUGGACUGGGUAUCCAUGGAGAAGCUGGCAUUGAGCGGAUAAAGAUGGUAUCAGCUGAUGAAGUUAUACAAAAAUUAAUUGAUCACAUGCUAAAUCCCUCCAAUGAAUCUCAUCUGAGUUUGCAAGCAGGAGAUCAUAUUGUGCUGAUUGUGAACAACCUUGGAGGGUUGUCCUGCCUGGAAUUGAAUAUUGUGGCCAAUUCUGCAAUUAAGUAUCUGGAGAGUAAGGAGGUCAUUAUUGAAAGGGCUUAUAUUGGGUCCUUUAUGACAGCAUUGGAAAUGGGAGGAACUUCUCUAACACUGAUGCGUGUUGAUCCUGAACAACUGCAAUUCCUGGAUUCACACACUUCAGCUCCUGGCUGGCCUAAUGCAUCGAAGAGCAGUUUGGCACAAAGGUCCAAGACUUUGAAUAUCCCUCAUCUGGAACCUGAGAACACAAAUAUACCUCCUGGGUCAGGUCCUUUUGUCGAUAAGGUGCGUUCAGUCCUGGAUAUAGUUUCCACCACUUUGCUUCAAAUGGAAGAGGAACUGAAUGAACUGGAUCGGGAAGCAGGAGAUGGUGACUGUGGCAGUACUCAUGCAAGAGCAGCUCGUGCCAUUAAGGACUUGCUAACAUCAGAUGCAGUUCCCGGCAAUGGUCAUCAGCUCCUUUUGUGUCUAGGCAGAGUGAUUCGAGACCAAAUGGGUGGAUCUUCAGGAGCACUGUACAGUAUUUCCUUGAUUGCAGCAGCACCAAAUCUAAAAAGUAACAACAAUCCCUCUGCCUGGUCAGCAGCAUUGGAUUCUGGGAUUGGAGCACUGAAGAGGUAUGGAGGUGCAGAGCUAGGAGAUAGAACCAUGCUUGACCCAAUGUGUGCUGCUGCAGAGGAACUACGCAAUAUGACAGAUGAAGGUGGCAAUGUACUGCAAGUCUUAGCUGAGGCUGUGCAGAAAGCUGAAGCAGCUGCAGAAUCCACCAAAAAUAUGAAGGCAAAGGCAGGACGGGCAAGUUAUAUCUCUUCAGCUCAGCUCACCCGACCUGACCCGGGUGCCGUGGCCUUUGCUGCCAUUUUGAAAGCCAUCUUGACAGCUCUUGAACAGUCCAUUCCAAAAGCACAAGAAUGAGGUUUUUUUUUAGGGACGUGAAGUAAAUGUAAAUGUAAAUUUUCUGCUUGAGAUUUCUAGUUUCAUUGCUUCAUUAUUAUGAUUAAAUACUCUAUAUUACAA